AUGAGCUUUGUUCAGGACGUCACGCCCGAGCUCGCGUCUUCGCGGUACGGCACCGCGACGACGUCUGAAGCGGCCGCCGCGGCGGGAACGAUGACGGCGAAGACCUCGGGAUCGGGCGCGCGGAAGAGCUCGAGAGCGCGCUCGAUCAGUAAGGCGAUGCGGCGCGUGGACGCGGCGACGCGCGCCGAGGUGGCGGCGGCGCGUCUGGAUUCGUUUGAAUCCGACGUCGCGAUCGUCCCGGGACAAGACGGAGACGGUGGAGUUGAUUCUGACGAUGAAGAGUUUGUCUUUAACGAGAACGCGCGGGACGGAGAGGCGACGAUGGUGAAGGGGAAGAAGAAGGGGACGAGAACGACGAGAGGCGCGGCUGAGCACAAGCGCGCUGCGGCGGCUCGGACGUUUAACGCGCUCCUCGAGCAGAGUUUCAUCGAUCGCGCGCCCAAGGGAACGCCGACAUAUCUCACUGCCGCCGCGGGUCCGUCCAAGGCGAGCGCGCCGAGGAAGUUUUGUAGCGUGUGCGGUUUCGCCGCCCCGUACGGAUGCGCGCGGUGCGGGAUGCGUUUUUGCUCGAAAAAGUGUUCCGCCGUGCACGCGGAGACCCGAUGUCUGAAGAUGGUGGGUUAA